CUGUGUGUGUGCUUUGCUGUUGCAGCCUCUAGCACAGUGGUGCAGGCUGCUGCCCAAAGAUGCCGCCAAGAUGCCGGAGAGCGCAUGGAAGCUGGUCUUCUACACCAUGUCGUGGUCCUACAGCACCUACCUGCUCUUCUUCAGCUCCUACUCCUUUUUCCAUGACCCGCCCUCUGUCUUCUACAACUGGAAGAGCGGUAUGUCAGUGCCUACAGACAUCGCCAUAGCCUACCUGAUCCAGGGCAGCUUCUACGGCCACUCCAUCUAUGCUACAGUCUACAUGGACGCGUGGAGGAAGGACUCUGCUGUCAUGGUGGUGCACCACAUCAUCACACUGGCACUCAUCAGCUUCUCCUACGCCUUCAGAUACCACAACGUAGGCAUCUUAGUGUUGUUCCUCCACGACAUCAAUGACAUCCAGCUGGAGUUCACCAAGCUCAAUGUCUACCUGAAGUCCAGGGGUGGAGGCUAUCACCUGCUCAAUGACAUUCUGUCCAACAUGGGCUCUGUCAGCUUCAGCAUCACUUGGUUCUGGUUCCGUCUCUAUUGGUUUCCUCUCAAAGUGCUGUAUGCCACGUGCGUGUCCAGCCUCCAGUCUGUGCCCAACAUCCCCUUCUACUUCUUCUUCAACGCUCUUCUCCUCGCCCUGCUGCUCAUGAACAUCUACUGGUUUCUGUUUAUCGUCAUUUUCGUGGUGAAGGUGCUAAAGAUGAAGGAGGUGAAUGACGUCAGGGAGUAUGAGGACGAGGACGGCAGCAAGGCAGCGGCAGGCCUGCACAGAGCCCCUCAGGCAGCGAACAACGAUGAUGGUGCUGGACAUCACAACUCUGCCCAGGGGAAGCACGUGCAGAACGGGGUCACCAAAGAGAAGCAUCUAUAACGGGGCUCUCUGUCGCCACCACCUGGCACUGGGCUACAGUUACAAGCAAGACAAGACGCUCCUCCUGGGAUGGCUCACCACUCAAAACGUGGCUCUGAAGGGAAGAGUGUCACAAAAAGAAAAAGAAGGAAAAUACCAAGUUAGGGCGCAAUGAGUUUUUGUUCUUUUUUAUUUGUUUUAGAACAUUUCAUCACUGUCGUUUUGUUUUCAGUCUUGUUUUUAUAAGAGCACUGUGAAUGUUAUUUCAGGUGACAUUUUGUCUUAUUGUUACUAACUUUACAUUUGAUAGAUUCAGUAGAACAAACCAGUUUGAGUGGGAGUUGGACUGUGAUUGUCACGUACAGUAGGACAGGGUGUCAUAUUCAUCACUGUCGCCCUCAAUAACUGCGCAGCACUCAGACAAGGAAAAGGUUUAGGUCUGUAGUGGGUCUGUAAACAUUUAAACUGCAGUAACCUUUAGUAACCUGAUAAACAAACACUGUGCUGUAGGGGUGAACUCUGCAGUCAGUUAAAUAUAAUCAGCUCCUUUCCUCCUCUCCCCUCUUCAAACUCCCUCCAUCCUCUCUGACUGAAGACAUGAGGAGAAAAGAUUUUUUUUUUUUUUAAUUGAAUCAGAGGGAAACAUUACUUUGUUCUGAGUACUGUCCUUAUGGCUGCAGCGAUGUCGGACAGCUCGUCUGGCAUUGUCUGGUGCUGUUUCACCACAUGUAUUGAUUUUCAUAUCAUUGCAGAAGUCAGUGGUGGCGACUGCACUCUGCGUUCAUUAGCUUGAAUGGAAAAGCCACAUUGAUGUGUGUGGGCGCGUAUGUGUGUGUGUGUGUGUUAGGUGUUUCAGGAUGUGAAGAGUAUGGAUGUAGCUGAGUCUUUUAAACUCACAACAUUUCACCUCUCAGUUUAUCUCUUUUACUGAUGAUCAACAGACAUUGGGAAUAUUCACUUGUCAUUCCUGUAUGGAAAAAAAGCUUCUUUUUUUUUUGUCUUUAUUCAGUGUGUGUUGCAAAGAAUCUGUCGCUGACAUGAAGGCAUACAAGCUGAUUGCUGGUUUAAUGACAGCAAAUAGCUAGAAUUGAUUGACUGGGUUUUAAUGUCAUCCAUUUGAUUUGAUUUGUUUGAACAAUGUGGAUUUGAAUUAUAUUUAUAAGCAGUUCAUGGGUGGGGCGCUAACAGGUUCGCAGAAAAUCAGAACAACAGCCCAGAACUCAUGUAAAGAUAAAAUCAGUAUGAUAAAAAAAAAAAAAAACAUUAUGUAUGCACAUACUAUGGUAUUCAGGAAUGCAUGACAUCGGAAUGAUUUUGGAAAUAUGCUAUGAAAUUCUCUUAAAAACAAACAAUGAAGAAAAAACUCCUCUAACUAUGUAACCAUAACAUCUUUAUAAACGUCGAAAAUUCAUCCUAAAACUGAUUUUUGAAGCAGCAGUGAACCACUGAACACACAUAAUGUUGGCAGAAACACAUACACACCAGUGUGUGAGAAACCAUCAUGUGGCAUUUACUUGUCCUAGAAAUCCCACAUAUGCUAAGAUUUUCGAUGUCAUCUGUAAUUUGAGUGCAUUAAAUGAAACGACCCCA